AUGGAACUCCUGCUGACAGGCACUUUAGUUCUCGAUGGAGGUACCGGUUUCCUCAAAGUCGGCUAUGCUGCUCAGAACUUCCCAGAACACCAAUUUCCAUCCAUAGUUGGCCGGCCGAUUCUACGAUCGGAAGAGAAGUCAGGCGACAUUGUGGUCAAAGAUAUCAUGUGCGGAGAUGAGGCUGCAGCGGCAAGAUCAAUGCUGCAGAUAAGUUAUCCUAUGGAGAACGGCAUCGUCAAGAAGUGGGACGACAUGCAACAUCUCUGGGAUUUCACUUUCUUCGAGAAAUUGAAAAUCGACCCGACAGGCCGCAAAAUCCUGCUGACCGAACCGCCCAUGAAUCCGCUGAAGAACCGAGAACAGAUGUGCGAGGUCAUGUUCGAGCGCUACGGCUUCGGCGGCGUGUACGUGGCCAUUCAAGCAGUGCUUGCUUUAUAUGCGCAAGGUCUAUCUUCGGGAGUCGUCGUCGACUCAGGUGACGGUGUCACACAUAUCGUGCCCGUAUACGAGUCAACAGUCCUGAACCAUCUCACCCGUCGUCUCGACGUUGCUGGCCGAGACGUAACACGCAACCUUAUCGCCCUUCUGCUGAGAAGAGGCUAUGCCCUGAACCGGACGGCCGACUUCGAAACGGUGCGUCAAAUCAAAGAGAAACUGUGUUACGUUUCGUAUGAUCUGGCUCUAGACCAGCGCCUGUCGGAAGAUACGACUGUGCUGGUCGAGUCAUACACGCUCCCAGACGGACGGGUGAUUCGAGUCGGUUCCGAACGGUUCGAAGCUCCGGAAUGUCUCUUCCAGCCUCACCUGGUCGAUGUUGAACAACCAGGCAUCGCUGAAUUCCUCUUCAACACAAUUCAAUCCGCCGAUGUAGACGUCCGCUCGUCGUUAUACAAAGCAAUCGUCCUUUCCGGUGGUUCCUCCAUGUAUCCCGGCCUACCCUCUCGCCUGGAAAAGGAACUCAAACAGCUGUGGCUGACAAGAGUCCUCGGUGGGAACCCAGAGCGAUUGAGUAAGUUCAAGGUGAGGAUCGAAGACCCGCCUAGACGGAGGCACAUGGUGUUCUUGGGAGGUGCGGUCCUGGCCAACAUCAUGGCGGAUAAGGAGAACAUGUGGGUUAGCAGGCAGGAGUGGGCAGAGCAGGGGUCGAGAGUGUUAGAAAAGCUGGGACCCAGAUAG